AUUGCUAGAUUUUUCUAUUGCGGCAUAGGAUAACGUGCUUUUAUACGAGCGACAAUUUUCAGCUACCUACGUCAACUAAUUAGCAAGUAAAUUAGAUGAAACGAAACACGGAAUAGCAGACAGCUGUAGUUCGAGGGCUAGGACUUCGAAAAAAUUUCCGUGAACGAUAAUGGACGGAAUAGGACUGAUCGUUCUAGUGAUUCUAUAUGUUGUUAUUUUAGUAGUCGGAUUAUUAGCCUCCAAAUAUCUUAAACCUCGUAUAUCUGAUCUAACUAUCAAGAGAAAUGAGGUUGAUCUUGUUGCUGGACGACGUAUUAGUGCUGCUAUUGGUAUUUUCACAAUGACCGCCACGACAGUUGGAGGAGGAUUUAUAAAUGGUACUGCAGAAUCUGUCUACACUCAAGGAGUUCUUUGGACUACAGCACCUCUCGGUAUAUUCCUUGGUUUGGUUAUUGGUGGAUUUUUUUACGCUGGUAAAAUGAGACGAGAAAGAUAUCUAACUAUGUUUGACCCGAUACAAACACAAUGUGGAUCUUUGUCGGUUUCAGUUCUCUACUUAAUUCAUUUAAUGGCAGAUCUAUUUUGGUCUGCGUCAAUCUUAGCUGCUCUAGGCGCAAGUUUAAACGUCAUUUUAGGAUUAAACCACCCAACAGCUAUAUGUGUUUCGGCAACAGUAGCUGUUUUAUAUACAAUGUUUGGUCAAAUGAUAUCUGUAGCCUAUACUGAUGUUGUGCAAUUAUUGUUGAUUUUUAUUGGUUUAAUAUUAGCUGCUCCAGCUUCAAUGAUACAUAAGUCUGUAAAGAAUCCUCUCAGUGAUCAGUGGAUAGGUGAAAUUCAACCCGGUCAGUCUGGAAUUUGGAUUGAUUUACUUAUAGCCAUGACUCUUGGUACAAUACCUUGGCAAUCUUAUUUUCAAAGAGUUUUAUCACUUAAAAAACAUACCUUAGCCGUUGGAUUAUCUAUUUCUGCAGGAGCUUUCUCCUUUACUUUAGCUAUUCCUCCCGCCUUAAUAGGCGUAGUCGCAAAAUCUACAAAUUGGACACUGAUUCAUUCUGGAGAAGACUUGCUCAACGAUCAAAGUAGCUUAACUCUACCUGUGGUAAUAUACUAUCUCACACCUCGACCAAUAGCUAUUAUAGGACUCUGUGGUAUUGCUGCGGCUGUUAUGUCAUCAUUAGAUAGUUCGAUAUUAGCUUCUGCCUCGCUAUUUACUCAUAAUGUCUAUUAUAAAACUAUUCGAUGCAAAAAAUCCAAAGACUCUGAAUUACAAUGGAUACAACGAGUAGUUACUGUGAUAAUUGGAGGAGGAGCGGCAGCGUUGUCAUUAUCAUCAAAUAGUGUAUACGGGUUAUUUAUUCUAGCUGCCGACAUAAUGUUUGUAAUUAUGUUUCCACAACUCACACUGUCGCUGUAUUCGAGUAUACCGAACGCGUAUGGAUCGCUGUUUGCCCUGAUCAUCGGUUUAAUAUUUAGAAUAGGAUGUGGCGAAUCAACAUUGAACCUUAAAGCGUUCAUCAAACUACCAUUUUAUUCAAAUGCUUCUGGUCAAAGAUUUCCUUUCAGGACAUUAUCAAUGUGUACUUCAGCUAUUGUACUGUUGUCAGUAUCAUAUCUAAGUCGAGUUAUCUUCAAAAAAUUUCCUCAUUUGGAUUUACUAGGAAAAUUAGAGGAGCAUAUUAUUAAAAGACAAAACAAUAAUAUAAAGCAAAGCGCUUUGGUGAAUAAUGAUUUAAUCGAAGAAACAAGUAUAUAA